GCCAAGGCCGGGAGGGCGCUGUAUGUGAAGUUGCCUCGCCUUUUGGUGGGAGGCGGGACCCUGACCUACAUUUGCCCAAUGGGAGACGGCACUGGGGGCGGGACAGUGACCCAGUUCGAACCAAUGAGGUAGGCGGGAGGGGGAAGCACAUGGCUCUGCGCGUGCUGCCUGACCCGGAGAGUGGGGGUGGGGGAAAGAGGAGCCGCUUAAAGGAGCCGCAUAUCCAAAUGACUGUUCAGGGUAACAGAAAGCCAAAAACUGGGUAGUGGGGUUUCGGAAGAGGUAGAUUGGGUUGUAGAAGAAGGCUGCCAUUCUGUAAUACCCAAAUAUUUCCCCGCCGCGCCUAGAAUCAGACCACUGAAAAACAGGGCUACGAUAAUACCAUCAAUCAAAACAGACACAAAUCCAAGGUCAAGGCAGCAGGAGGUGGGAUGGAAGUUCAUGGCCAGACAUCUACUACUUUCAGUCUCAGCCUCUGUUUUCCUGGAAAUGCCAAAAAGCUCCUCUGCUUAGCACCUCAUGAUGUCACAGUAUGCUCUGGGUUCUGAUUGGCUGAGGGCCUUACAUAAAGCCAGGAGGCCACCUUCCUCUCUCAGACAUGUCAGGCUGAAGGAGAUAGUGAAACUCUGGCAAGGCCAAGAACAUAGGGAAGAAGGAGACACACCAGGGGACCCCUGCCUGCCACACCAUCCAGGACUGUGGGGGACCUGAGAGCUGUCAUCCCCAGGGAACCUGAAGCCAGACAACCUGGAGGAGGCUGGCCGAGGAGGCCCAAGGCAGCCAUGCUCAGCACUCGGGGGCCUCUCUUCUUCCCCAUGGCCCACUUCAUCCUCUUCGUCUUCAUGGCUUCCACCAUAUUUCACCUUCAGCAGCGGCUAGGGAAGAUUCAGCGUUCGUGGGAGGUCCAGAUGCUGGAAUCAGAGAACGCCACAGGUCACCUGUCCAGGGGCAUGUGGACGAUCAACGCAGUAGGCCGCCUGGGGAACCAGAUGGGCCAAUAUGCCACCCUGUACGCGCUGGCCAAGGUGAACGGGCGGCCGGCCUUCAUCCCGGCCCAGAUGCACCGCAUGCUGGCCCCCAUCUUCAAAAUCACCCUGCCCGUCCUGCACCGCGCCAUGGCCCGAAGGAUCGUGUGGCAGAACUACCACCUGAACGACUGGAUGGAGGAGCAGUACCGCCACAUCCCGGGGAAGUACGUGCGCUUCACCGGCUACCCCUGCUCCUGGACCUUCUACCACCACCUCCGCGACGAGAUCCUCCAGGAGUUCACCCCGCACGACCACGUGCGGGAGGAGGCCCAGAGUUUUCUGCGGCGCCUGCAGGUGAAUGGCAGACGGCCCGGCACCUUCGUGGGGGUCCACGUGCGCCGGGGGGACUAUGUCCACAUCAUGCCCAAAACGUGGCGUGGCGUGGUGGCCAACCGGCAAUACCUAGAGCAGGCCCUAGAUUGGUUCCGGGCUCGCUACAGCUCCCCCAUCUUUGUGGUCUCCAGCAAUGGUAUGGCCUGGUGUUGGAAGAACAUUGACACCUCCCGUGGUGAUGUGGUGUUUGCUGGCAAUGGCGCUGAGAACUCGCCUGCCAAGGACUUUGCAUUGCUCACGCAGUGUAACCACACCGUCAUGACCAUUGGGACGUUUGGGAUCUGGGCUGCCUACCUUGCGGGUGGAGAGACCAUCUAUCUGGCCAAUUAUACCCUCCCAGACUCUCCAUUCCUUAAAGUCUUUAAGCCAGAGGCAACCUUCCUGCCAGAGUGGAUUGGAAUCAAUGCAGACCUUACCCCACUGCUCAAGCACUGACAUUAGGCUGUCCUUGGC